AGUGCUCGCGAGGUGCGGAGCCAGGCCGUCGUGCGUUCCUUGUGUCCGUUCGUUCGUUCGUUCGAUUGUUAGUCGAUUGGUUGGCUGGUUGUUUCUUGGUUGUUUUGUUUUUUUUUUGUUACAUUUUUUAUUUAAAAAAUAUAAAUAUAAAUAAUCUGUGCGAGAUUAACGAGAACGCGGUAGUUUCGAGUGGGUUCUCCGCUUUUUCAUUACUACAUACUUCCUUCCUCCUGUCGUGAACAACGUCGUGUUUUUAAUACCUGUUUUCAACUUAACUCCGCUGUCUCAGCGUUACGUGUGCGAUCGUGUUUUGUUCCGCUUUUCCGUUUUAUUUUCGCCCCUCCACCAGCCCCGCUUUCCUUUGCUCUUCCAUUACGUCGAAAGUGUGCGUUAAACAAAAGUGACCGUCAUCGAGCGUUAUUGCGUGACGUUCGGGACAUAAGCGGAUCGAGAAACGGAAUUCGAGUGUGGAAUAGAGAGAGAAAGAAGAGAGAGAAAGAGAAAGAGAAAACUAGUGGAGGGGAGAAAGUGAUGAGAUUAAUUCGUGGUAUCGAGGAUAACGUAAGAUAAAGAAUAAGUCUAUUAAACGUCAAGUAAGCACAAACUCGCGUACAGAAUAUUCACUUAUAUAUACAUAUAUUCCCACACUCGCACACACUCUCUCACACAGAUACACACGCACACAAUCGACGCGCGCGCGUAAAAGGAUUUUAUCUAACAACAAAAAACGCCUGACUUCCCGUAAUAGUGAAAAAGUGAAGAAAAGUCAGGGAACGAAUUGCGGCGACGAGUCAACUUGGUGUUAACGUUAGACAAAAGAAAAAUAACUUAACUUAAUCCUCGAGGGACGAGAUAAAAUAUAAACAAAGGUAAUCGCCUGUAAGAAAAAGUGACUACGAAGCAGCGCGACGACGGAACGGGAAGAGAAUUAACGGUACGCAUCGACAGUGCAGGGUAAUCUGAAAAUCACGGAAAUAUGAGCAUUGCUGCCCUCCUGGAGGCCGCUGAAUACAUUGAACGAAGAGAAAGGGAGGCUGAACAUGGCUACGCGUCGACAAUGCCGAUACCUGACGAUAUUCGGACCGUUGUUAAGAGGACCAAGACAAAAAAAUCCCAGGGCAGCAGAACGACUCAUAACGAGCUGGAGAAAAAUAGGCGGGCCCAUCUACGGAACUGCCUGGAAAAGUUGAAAGUACUGGUCCCACUAGGCCCCGAAACCUCGAGGCACACCACCCUUGGCCUUCUCACGAAAGCAAAACGGUUUAUCAAGAACCUUGAAGAACGGGAGCGAAAGCACGCCGUUCACAAGGAACAGUUGUCUCGGGAACACAGAUUUCUGAGACGGCGACUCGAGCAGCUGACGACGCUGCAGCCGGGUCACCUGCACUCCCUUCGCCCCAACGGGCACCACGGGCAUCACGGUCAUCACCAUGGCGUGACAUUAAGCUCUAGCGCCCCUUCGCCGAGCUCCACGUCCACGUCCAGUCUGCAGCUCUCGAAGAGGCGCAGCAUCUCCGAGUGCUCGGUCGGCACCGCUUCCUCUACAAGCUCAACCGCAAGCUCAAGAAACUCCGACAGGUCAGCGGGCAGCCCUUCGGUCUCGGAGUCCGACGAGGUUGAGGUCGACGUGAUCGGCUACACGAGCAACCAGUCGGACACAGAUGACCACAGCAGCGUCCAGAGCAGCAGCGACAGCGGCGUCGCCAUGUCAACCUCGAGGCUGACCCUCUCUGAAAUGAUGGACAAUCUCUAGAUAAAGAUUUUCGGAGGUGGCGGGCAUAGGAAGGGAGCUUUUGAAAAAGAACCGCAUUGAACGAAUAGGAAGUUAAUAAAAUGUACAUUGCACGAGGGAGCCGCGAAUUCAAGGAAAGAGAAAUACUAUAAGACGUGUUGAACGGUAAAUGAGAUGAACAGAUAAUGCCGAAGAGCUAAGAAGUUUAGAGGAACGGAUAAUCUAUAAAUGCCAUAUUCUCAAUGGUAGGAAUGAUAGCUAAACAGUAAAAGUUGGAAAAAUGGAAUUGGAUAACGCUGAAACGGAAAAGCGAAACACGUUAUAAUCAAAAGAAAGGCGUCCAAACUUCUUCAAGAAUUAAAUGACGGUUAAAUGAUGAAAAAAGCUCCCACUAUGCGGAUCGUGAGGUGUGACAAGACGAACCCACCUCACCACCAAAAUCACCACAAUAUCACGACUGUUCAGUAGCCCACCAUUUCAUAUAGGACAUGUGAAUCAAGAAUCAGUACCUUAUGUAAGUUAAACCUCUGUCAGGGGACAAGCUACAGAAAAGUUGGAGUUGAAAUUAAAGUGUCUGCGAGAGGGAUGUCGGAGGGAGAGCUGUAAAAUGAAGAAGAAGAAAAAAUAGUGAUGACAAGAGAAUGGAAAUGGGCCGGAUAAGGAUAGGCAUAGGCAUAGGCAUAAGGAUAAGGAUAAGGAUAAGGAUAAGGAUAAGGAUAAGGAUAAGGAUAAGGAUAAGGAUAAGUCUAAGGAUGUGGUUAAGAAGAAGAAGAAAAAGAAGAAGGAGGGGGAAAAGAAUAGAAUCAGAAGACGAGGAAGAGACAGAGUGAGAAGUACGCCAUGAAUAAAAGAACGAAGUGCGAAUGAAAGAAGCCGCAAAUCAUGUUGCGACGAAAACGAAACAAAAAAUUUUAAUUAAAAAAAUGAAAAUGAAAAUUGAACUAAAAAUUUUUAAAUAUGAGAAAUACAGACAAGAUAGGAAUGAAAAGAAGGAAAUGAGAAGAAAAAAAUGUAUGCAUUGGUAACCUCUGGCAGAAAUGAUGUGUAAAGUAUUGUCAAUAGAUAUGCCAAUGUAUAAAAUUAUUGUACAUAUUUUUAUCGAUGUGGUGAAAUAUUUCACAAUGGAAGAAAGGUGGAGAUAAAGAGGGAGUUAGACAAAGAGAGAUUGAUUGAUUGGUUGAUCGAUCGAAUGGUUUGAGAGAUAGAAAGAGAACCAUAGAGAAAGAAAAAGAUACGGUUAACAAAUUUGACCCACUAAGUGACUAAUGUGACUUGGUGAGUAGGGUCGGAAAUUAAAAAGUAAAAAAAUAGGGAAUGAGUUGAGUUAUUCAUUUUUCUUCCUAUAUUCGUUUCUUCUGAUCAUCUUUGAACUCCAUUGUCGAUUGUCGAUUGACUAAAUUAUUACGUACUCGGACAAGAAUAAAAAAAUGUAAUGAAAAUAAUUAUUAACGAGUCUUGCAAGAAACGAUUAUAACGAGAUGUUAUUGUCGCUGUUAUUAUUAUUCCCAUUCACAUCAUUUUCAUAUUAUUGCGAUAUUUGCUAUCGCAAUUAUUUAUCAUUAUCACCGCCAUUAUCGCAUUAUAAAAUCGUUCUCGUCAUUACUGCGAAUACCUCAUAUUGUUAAACAUUUUUAUAAUGUCUAAGUCUUGCUCGAAGUAUUUUACUUUAAACAAACAAAAAGAAAAUGAGAAUAAUCAUUCUAAUUUAUAUAUUACCGAAUUCGCGAGAUUAUUACGUUGUUUUGAUUUUGUGUUUUAUUUUAUUUUAUUUUUUUUCUUUCUAAUGAGCGAUUAUAAUCGCAUAAGAUUAAUUUUAGAAAUUGAUCCAAUCGAGGCAUAUAUAUUAUAUACAUAUACACAUUUCGAAUAACGAAAUAUAUAACAAAGUAUUUCAGCGGACAAUUUCUUCUCUUUGUUUAUAUAAUUUAAAAGAGCGUAAUUAUAUUCCUUAGCAUGCGAUAGGCUAAAGAGAUGUGCGACUGAAGGAACAGAGAGUUGGAUUGAAAAAUAUGGAAGACAGGGAGGUACACACGAAAUUUGAACUUACGUUGGUUUUAAAUCAUUUUUAUUCCGCGGGAUUACUCAAAUCUCACAAGUCCCGAUCCAAAAUAGAUUUAACAAAAUCGCAAUGAAUAUCGGAUUGGCAGUAUUAUGAGGCGACAACCCUAAUCAACUUACCUGCCGCCUAAGCAUAUCCACGCAAUAUUCGUGAUAUUGAAGAAUUUUUACUUAAUCUGGUCUCAUUCCAAUGAUGAAUUUCCGUAUGCGAUUCAUCCGCAGACAUCAAGCCUUGUAAACGUAUAAUAUUUUCAAUGAAAUUACUUCCCUUCAUUUUUUCUCGGAUACAGCAUGAACGGUAGAAAACAUAAACAUAAUUUGCUAGUAUCGGCAAUUUUUUUUUCUAUCGCUUUUCAAUCGUCGGCGCGUAUCUGCCGUAAAUAUUUUCCAACGUCAGGUAAUCAGUGUAAUUUGAUACGUUUUAUCCCAAGAUAUAUAACUUCCGAUAGUAACAUUUGUUUUGAUUUUUUACUCAUACUUUAAACUGGUUCGAAAUUUAUCGAGAAAUCGCGGAAAUUCGGAUCUAAAAAUUUCAGGCGUAUUUGUCAGAGAAAAGUAGAAAUAAAGGACUUUGACGUUAUAAAGAUCAAUUUCAUGGUAUAUCUGAAAAAUAUAAAGAGGUGGGGUAAAUGAGCGAAAUAGAAAAGCGCAAAAAAAAAAAAUAAAACCAUAGCAAAAAUGACAAAUAAAAAAGAAUUAAAUAUAUGCAUCCAUUAACCAGAGCCAAGUGGAGUCUAGCAUCAAAUAAUAUAAGAUGCAAAUUAAAGCUUAACAUACGAAUUCUGGCACCAAUGACUUUUUUUUUUAAAUAAUUCCGGUAAAAAUAGAAGAAAAAAAAAGUGAAAAAAAAUUUGUGCAAUACAGAUGUUUAUUUGCAAUUCUUACGUAAGUAACGGACUGUUGGGUUAUUUUAGAUUGAUAUAUUGUCAGCCUGCCAGAGUGCCGGUUUCGAAGACUUUCGAAGUUUGACAAGUAACAGUUUGUUAAGGAAAAAAUAUUCUACUCCACAGUCAUUUCACUUCACUUAUUAGAAUUUUUCGCUUUUUUUUAAUGAUAUUCUAAAUGAACAACGUUUUUCCUUACAAUUAGUUCCACUCUCAACGACCAAGCGAGUGCAAUUUAUAAGAAAAAAAUUUCCACCUGCAAUAUCGCGGGAUAUCUUCUAUACCGAUUCAAAUUGUCGUAUGAAUAAUGAGUUUAUGACAGAAACCUACUGUUAGGGCAGUCAUACUGGUUACAGCAAGUUAUAUCGGGACGCGGAAUUUUUAUUUACAGAAGUUGCAACUCGUCACAAUAUCGGGGUGUCAUUUUAUUCACGAGCAUGGGUCUAUGGUGCGAAUAAUCAGGUUUCUUUUAAUUCCGUUUUCUUAUUAGGGCUGUCGAAUCUCAUCAAAUUCUGAAUUUCACAAAGAAAAGAAGAAUAUCACAAGUGAAAUAUAACAAAAAUGAAAGAAUUAUAAAUAUAUAAUAAUACUAUUGCGAUGCAGAGCAGAUUGGACAGAUACCUUAUACAUAAGUGCUCAUUUUAAAAAUGCUCCGUCUGAUAAUACGGUUCCAUAAAUUCUGUAUAGAAGCAACUGUGAAGGCGCAUUAUAGAAAACCAUAAAUAUCGUUGAGUCUACCAUGAAUUAACGAUAAAAUCAAGGAAAAGUAAAUCAACAUCACACUAAUACACAAACACAGACGCAAACACACAACAUAUAUGUAGACGCAAUCCACAAAAAGAAUAGAAUUGAAAAAUAGAAGUGAACGGAGGAAAAUACAACCCAAUCAUAGAAAAAAGCUACGAAGAAAAUCCAAAAAAAGUUGAAAAAAAAAUAAUACACAUGAAAUGAAUAUAUAAUUGAAUGAAAUCACGACAGACGGAAGGGAAAAAGAAUAAUAAUAUUAGAGUAAAAAUAAUAAGUAGUAUGAUAAAUAAACAAAUAAUAAUAAAUGUCUAAACGAAUAAUUACCUAUAAUACAGAUGCACCUUAUCAGUUUUUUGGUCCAUUCGUCGGUGUAUAUCUUUUUGUUUCGAAUACACAUUAAUACCAAUAUUACUGUAGUAGCGAGAGAUGUGUGUACUAUUAGGGGAGCGCAUUCGCCUGGCGUAACUAUACAUAUAUAAUGUAUGUAAUUAUAAAUGUAUUAUAAAAAGUCUUUGUUUAAGAGACCACGCCAUGCCUACCUAUGCUAAUAAUUAAAUAAGAGAUUACAUCACAGGACUAAGUACAAAGUAAUGUAAUUUCCUUGCAGUAACUGUGAUGGAGAAUCAAAUAUUUACUGUUAAACGAAUCACAUUUAUGUCAUACUUGUAUAAUCUAUAAAUGUAGAAUUACAGUAAAUUACUGCUCACCAAGGGGAAGAAGAAGAUGUAGGGAAAGGGGGAAGGACGAGGGGGGGGGGGGAGAGGAUAGGAAAACGACGAAGUAACUGGCAUCUCAAAAAAGAUUACGUGGAUUCAAAUGAGAAUUGAGUUUCUUUGGUGACCAGUAUGUAAUCACUGUUCUCGGUAUGAAUAAUGUGAAAUUGUUUAAAAGAUCUCAGGCCAGUCUGCUCCCCCGAAAAUGUGAUACUAAAAUUAAACUCUUCUGGAAGUUGCUUAAACGACGUGUAGGUGCACGGGUACAAAAAAUACGUGAAAGUAUAAGAGAGCAGAGCGAAUUUACGAACGAUUGGCGGCGAGUACAACCGUACAAGUUACACGACACCAAAAACGUAUGAUUUUAUACAGUGCUGGUGCGUAGAACGAAAGGAAAAGAAACAUUGAUAACAAUAAUAAAAAAUAAAAAAAAAGUCUUACAAACAUACGAAAACAAAUGGAAACGUCAAACUCCAGCCGUUAGUAUAAUAAAUAAGGUGUAAUCAGAGUACGCAAUAUUGGUUACUGCAAAGGAUCGACGUGUCAAACAAUUGUCGAUUAACAAUCUAAAUAAUUUAUUCACAAAAAUCGAAUGGUUGAAAUAUAUUGUAUAACAAUUAUUAUAAGAUAUAUCAAAUUGGAUAUAAUCCAGCAACAACAAACAACAGAUAUGACGUAGGGAUAGGUACAAGAAUUGUACUAACGAAAAGUAAAGAAGUAAAUGAAUAAAAGUUUCAGAAUUAUUGAUAAUAAUCGGUCCAUUUAACGUGUAAUCUAGAGACAAGUUUUGGCACCUGGAUCUUCACGAGCAACGCGGCCCAGUUUAAUAUUUAAGGAAUUCUAAGUAAUAUUUCAUUGGUAAUAGAAAGGAAAACGGAAAACCGGAGAAAAAAAACACAAAAAAAUUAAUGAAACGAAAAUGAAAACAAAAAAAUAAAUAAAUAAAUUAAUUAAAAAAAACUAUGAAAUACAAAUAUGAAAUAAUUAUAACAUUAAUGAUAAUGAAAAAUGGGUGUUAUUUUUAGAUGUCUAUUAGAUUAUCAGAACCAGAAUUAAUGAAAACUAAGUAUAAAAAUGAAUUUAAACAAAAGGAAAAAUGCGGAAAAAAAACGAAAAACCUACUACUACUAUUACUACUACUACUAUUACUACUGCUACUACUCCUACUACUACUACCACUACUACGACUACUACUACUACUACUACCUACUACUACUACUACUACUACUACUCGUACUAAAAAAAAAGCAUUAACUUAGUUGAUGCAGGUCGAUGUAAAUGUAACGCGUGUAAAGUGUAAUAAGGUCUCAGCUCAUAUUAUGUAAUUGUCAAUUAUGCGAAAUAUGCAACACGCAGCUCCGAGAAAAUUGCAUCUGUUCUUUUCAUUACUUUUUUUGACGUAAACCUUAACAUCUGAUUAUAAAUUUUUGGUAUUGGCAACUCAAAAAAAAGGGAAUCACAUCACUUGAAUUAUAUAAGUGUACGAUUGAUUUAUUUGAAUUUUAAACUUGAGUAUAUUAUUCUGCGUGCACACAAACCUUUGAUCCGUUUCACAACAGACGAUUAUAAAAGUGCAUAACGUAAUCGACGGUUGAAAUGUGACCUCAUUGCACUAUAAUAAAGCUGCGAAGAAAGAUGAAAGAAAUAUCAAUAACGCGAUACUUGAAAAUUAUUUAAAAAAAGAAGAGAAAGAAUGUUAGUAUGAUCUUAGAAUCGUUAUGGUUUCCACCGCUUGGUAAGGUUCUGUUUUUUUUUGGUCUAGUUUUUCAUUUAUUUAUCACGAUUACUUAUCUUUCACCGUUUACGUUUCAUUUUCCUCGAAACAAUUUGCUGCUUUCACUGUUAGAUAAGUAGUGUAUGCAUAUAUAUAUAUACAUACUGUAUAUGUGAAUGUAUAUGUGUAUACAUACUGUAAAAUGAAUGAAUAUGAUGUAAUAUGAAAGAAUGAAUAAUAGGAGUAAAUGUUUCAGCCCUCACAGUGUCGCCCGGUAUUAUUUAUCAUGACGAUGGAUGAAUUACGGUGAAGUAGAUUUCGAAGCAAUUGCAGAACAAAAAUUUCUAGAAAAAGCUUUCGCUCGGUAUACGGAAAUUAAUUUUCAUCCUGUUGCGACAUUGAUUGCAACCUAGUAAUUCGAAUGUUGAGUCCACUUGAAAACCGAUUCUGUUGUUGUUUCACGUCAAUUACCCAAUGUCACAGGCAAAAUGGUGAUACUCCUUCAGAGUAAAGAGCGGUCCUUUGCUCGGUUGUUGUUGAGCCAUGCCACUGAAUAAAAGCUUCGAAAUCGGCGAACAGCGUAUGUGCAUCUACGUCGUGGGAACAAAACUGUGUAAUUAAAGUAUAUAUAAUGAAAAGAUAUGGGCAGAGGUAAGAGGGACACCUAGGGGAUGAAACAGUUAAUGUCCGUACUAUGGCGAAGAACGGUGAAGGGGAAAUGCCGUUAUAACAGGCAGAAUAAGUAAAAAUUAGAAGUAUAGAUAAUCGAACAUCACCGGCUUCUGAGCCACUAAGAGCAUUUAAUCAAUAGUAGAGAAUGCUUAGUGAAAAUUGAACAAAAAGAGAAAAUGAGGAUGAAAAUUUUUAAAAUUAAUAAAACGAAUGAAAUUUGAAGAGAAAAAUAUAAUGAUAAUAAUAAUAUCCACGUUUGUAAAGAUAAAACAUUGUAAUUCUACUAUUUAAGAGGUGAAAAUUACGUUAUUGUGUAAUAUUAUAUGAGCGAAGGUGAAAAACAUUAUAUUAUACAUAUAAUAUAGGUGUGUUAAUAAUAUGGAGUACGCCUCAGAUUCAAAACUACAUACGCCAAGGUACCAAUUAUUUAUAAAAUUAAUAUUCGAUGUAUGAAUACUAUCUAUGAAUGAUAUUCGAUUGAACGAUAAUCAGUCGAACCAACAACAGCUGUUAACGAUUGAUAGAAAGAAAAAAAUUCAUACAGUUGGCUGUAUGAAAUAUUAUUAAUAUUAUUAUAAUCAUUAUUAACUAAUGAGGUAAGAAAAAUAGAGAAACGAAACCACAAAAAAGAAAAUUAUUAUUAUGAUUAUUAGUUUAUUAUUAUUAUCAUCAUCAUUAUCGUCAUUAUUGCUAUUAUUAUUAAAAUUAUUAUUAUUAUUAUUAUUAUUAUUAUUAUUAUCAUUAUUAUUAUUGUACAUAUUAAUUGUAACUAUUCACGAUGCAUCGUUUUGUUCUCAUUAUUUUCUCGAUUCUACAAAAAAUAAAAUUGUGUAUUAUUGAAAAAAAACAUGAAACGCGUACUUUC